AUGUUUUCAAUUUCACUUUUUUUUUUUUAUAUGCCUCUUUUUAUGGGGAAUUGUUUGUCUCUUGACCCUUGGAGAUUACAUAAUAGUUCUCUCAAUCUUAGCGGUUAUCUAGACCUGCAUUUUAUUUUUAUCUAGAUAAAACUAAAAAAAAAGAAAAAGUUGCAAAAGCCCAGAAAUAUAAUAAAAUUCUAGUCUUUUUUUCUUUGUUUUCACAGGACUGGAUAAAUCUUUUAUAGGUUGCGUAUUUUUGUAGAGGUGAAAUUAUUUUUGAGAAGAAAAGAUGAUGUGGGAUGAGUGGGGCAAUGAUUUUGAGGAGGAACAACAACAUCAGCAGCAGCAGCAAGAAGAAGAGGAUGAUGAUUCUUAUCUUAAAUUUGAUUUCUUGUCUGUUUUGUCCAAGCCUAAGGAUUACUAUAGAAUACUGGAAGUGGAUUAUGAUGCCACGGAGGAGGUCAUUCGAUCCAAUUUUAUCCGUCUAGCUUUGAAAUGGCAUCCAGAUAAGCAAAAAGAUCAGGAUAAUGCUACCUCAAAGUUUCAAGAAAUAAAUGAGGCGUAUCAAGUUUUGAUUGAUCCUGUGAAACGACAAGAAUACGACAAGAAAGGGAUGCUACGAGCCUAUGAUUACAACAUUGUCGAAUACCUUAAUCGCUACAAGGGUCUUAUUCUAACGUGUAAUGGUCUUGGUAUGAAGCACUCAAUAUGGUAAACCAAGAUACACACAUUCACCGUUGUAGUAUAUCUCGCGAUCCUACUGGCACCAGCACAUAUUACAGGAGUUGGGAUGCACAGCUGGAUGUGUAGUUGACAUCAAUUAGGCUAUUGUACUUAUCUUUGCACAUGUAUAGAGAAGCCGAUAACAUUGCCAUCGUCUCAAGCCUCCCUCAUUUUAGAGGACUGUUUAUAUGAAACCGUCUUGUUUCUAUUUUAUCCUCUUUUCGUUUUGGGACUUGUAUCGAUUAAAGAACUGGUGGCUCUUGUUCUCGUAGAUUUCUCGCGAGACUUAUCAAUGGACUGUAUGUUGUCUCAGAUCCUGGUUGAGAAUGAAAUGUGGAUGUGCAUGCAUUUUCUAUCA